GCCAUGUCCCGCGCCGAGCCGCCGUCCGAGCCCGAGCUCGGCGCCGCCGUCGAGCGGCUGUGCCGGGAGCUCAACCUGGACGCGGGCAGCGCGGCCGAGGCGCUCCGCGACUUCACGGCGCUGCGCGGCACCUACAGCCUGGAGGGGGACGCGCAGCACUGGCUGGCCUGCGCUCUGUACGCCGCGUGCCGCCGCAGCGUGCUGCCCACCGUGGGGAGCGGCCUGAUGGAGGGCAACUGCGUGUCGCUGACCCGGAUCCUGCGCUCCGCCAGGCUCAGUUUGAUUCAGUUCUUUAGCAAAAUGAAGAAGUGGAUGGACAUGUCGAAUGUGCCGCAGGAGUUCCGGGAGCGGGUGGAGAGGCUGGAGAGGAACUUCGAGGUGUCCACCGUCAUCUUCAGGAAGUUUGAACCGAUAUUUUUGGAUAUCUUUCAAAACCCUAACGAGGAAACUUCGAAACCCCAACGGAGCAGGAAGCAGAGGCGGGUGCUGUGUGGUGUUAAGGAUCUCUUCAACUUCUGCUGGACCCUGUUUGUGUACACUAAGGGUAAUUUCCGUAUGAUUGGGGAUGAUUUAGUAAAUUCUUAUCAUCUACUUCUGUGCUGCUUGGACCUGGUUUUUGCAAAUGCCGUUUUGUGCCCAAAUCGAAAAGAUUUGCUAAAUCCAUCAUUUAAAGGCUUACCAGCAGACUUCCGUGCACCAGAGAUGAAAGCCUCAGAGGACCCUCCGUGCAUCAUUGCCACGCUCUGUGAGCUGCAUGAUGGGCUUCUCGUGGAAGCAAAAGGAAUAAAGGAGCACUACUUCAAGCCAUACAUUUCAAAGCUGUUCGAUAGGAAGAUCUUAAAAGGAGAAUGUCUGUUGGAUCUUUGCAAUUUUACAGAAAAUAACAAAGCACUGAAUAAAGAGUAUGAGGAGUAUGUUCUAACAGUGGGGGACUUUGAUGAGAGAGUUUUCCUAGGAGCAGAUGCUGAGGAAGAAAUUGGCACUCCUCGGAAAUUUCCUGCAGACUUGCAAGUGGGGAAAACAGCAGCAAGAGCUCACGUGGAGUGUCACCUUCAGCAGCACUUCGAAAAGAAAAGGUCAUUUGCACCUUCAACUCCUCUGACUGGAAGAAGAUACCUACGAGAAAAGGAAGCUGUCAUCACUCCUGUUGCUUCAGCCACACAAAGUGUGAGUCGGUUGCAGAACAUUGUGGCUGGGUUGAAAAAUGCACCUAGUGACCUGCUUAUAGCUAUUUUUGAGUCUUGUGCACGCAGCCCUGCAGAAAGCAUCAUGAACAGAGUGAGAGAAAUAGGGGAGACGUUCUGUCACAGCUACACUCAGCCAACAGACGAACUGCCAGGAUCUCAUAUAGAUUUUGCUGUAAACAGAUUAAAACUGGCAGAGAUAUUGUACUAUAAGAUCUUGGAGACUAUAAUGGUACAAGAAAUGCGAAGACUGCAUGGGAAGGACAUGACUGCUCUCCUGGAACAAGAUGUGUUUCACCGCUCCCUCAUGGCGUGCUGCUUGGAGAUCGUGCUUUUUGCAUACAGCUCUCCUCGCACCUUUCCCUGGAUAAUCGAAGUGCUUGACCUCAGGCCAUUCUAUUUUUAUAAGGUAAUUGAAGUACUGAUUCGGUCUGAAGAAGGACUUUCCAGAGACAUGGUGAAGCACCUCAACAGCAUUGAGGAGCAAAUCCUUGAGAGCCUUGCCUGGACUCGGGAUUCAGCACUGUGGACUGCUCUCCAGGCUUCAGGAAACAGGGUUCCCACCUGUGAAGAAGUAAUAUUUCCCAAUAAUUUUGAAGCAAACAAUGGAGGAGGUGGGCUUGGGCAUUUGCCUAUGAUGCCAAUAUCUCCUAUAGUUCAUCCUCGAGUAAAAGAGGUUCGGACAGAUCUUGGCGGGAGUUUAAGACGGGACACUCAGCCAUUGUCACCAAUCUCUGUGCACGAGCGCUACAGUUCCCCUACAGCAGGAAGUGCCAAGAGAAGACUCUUUGGAGAUGACAGCCCCAAAGAAAUGCAGAUGGAAAAGAUUUUAACAGAGGGUACGAAGUUGACAAUUGCUCCAGCAUCAAGCAUUGCUGCUGAAAAUGUAUCCCUCUCUCCUGGGCAGACAGUACUGACUGUGACAACAGCAACGGUAGCAGGAAAAGCAGGACAGAAAGUUACUAUUCCACUGCAAGGUAUUGCAAACGAGUUGGGUGGGAUCACAUUGAUUCCCAUUUCGAUGAACCUAGGUCAGGCACCUAAAAUAGAGGCUCAGGAUCUCUGCCACCCUCAGGUGAAUCAGGAUCAAGAAGUGCAUCUGUCAUCAGGAAACAAACCAAAGAAAACAGGAUCCCUGGCACUAUUUUACAGGAAGGUUUACCACCUGGCAAGCGUGCGCUUGCGUGACCUGUGUUUAAAGUUGGAUGUCUCCAAUGACCUGCGCAGGAAGAUCUGGACGUGCUUUGAAUUCACAUUGGUUCAUUGUGCUGAUCUGAUGAAGGACAGACAUUUGGACCAGCUUCUCCUCUGUGCCUUUUAUAUCAUGGCAAAGGUCACUAAAGAGGAAAGAACUUUUCAAGAUAUAAUGAAAAGUUACAGGAAUCAGCCACAAGCAAACAGCCAUGUUUAUAGGAGUGUUUUGUUAAGAAAUACUUCUGCCAAUGUCCUUUUGGAGAGAAAUGCAAACCAAGAUGUACAGAUGGCAGGAGACUCAUCUGUGAAAAGUGGUAAUUCCUUGGGAAGAUCGACAGCGGAGGACUCCACUGAGCUGGGAACAGAGGAGAGAGGAGAUCUCAUUAAAUUCUACAAUGCAGUCUAUGUAGGAAGAGUAAAAUCUUUUGCACUGAAGUAUGAUAUCACAAAUCAGGAUCAUGUAAUGGAAGCCCCCCCCUUGUCUCCGUUCCCCAGCAUUAAGCAGCAGCCGGUGUCUCCUCGGCGCAUCUCUCAGCAGCACCCUGUUUAUGUCUCACCUCACAAGAACAGUGCCUGCUUGACGCCUCGAACUGCGCUCCUGUAUAAAUUCAAUGGGAGCCCUUCCAAGAGUUUGAAGGAUAUCAACAAUAUGAUAAAACAAGGUGAACACAGGAGUAAGAAACGAGCAAUAACAAUUGAUAGUGACACUGAGCCCCCUAUGAAGCGACUCUGCCAGGAAAAUGAUGAUGUUCUACUGAAGCGCCUUCAGGAUGUUGUCAGUGAAAGAGCAAAUCACUAAAGCUGCCAGUUUUCUGUGGGAUCUCAGAGCUAUCUUGAUCAGGUUGAUAUAGCAGUAGUGCUAUCACUUCCUUAUAAGAUGUGGUAUAUGCAGACAACUGCCUAGUUUUGUUAAUGUUGAACCUCUGGCUUCCACAGGAUGCAGGAAGCAAGAGUUAGGUAGUAAGUAAUGGAGAAUGGAAGGUGGUUUCAUUCCCAGAGAAUAUACUGUACUGUAGGUUACUCUCUUUGAGCUGUUUUAGGAAAAGAGUGAUCUGCAGAAAGCUGUGGUGGAUGUUCUUGAGCCUAAUCUAGAUUAUUUAAGUUCUGAGUGUAACUCAGCUUCUGGUAACCAUUUUAUUUUUAGAAUUAAAACAGUAAGGAAAUGAGUGAAAUCGGUUAAGUUUCUCAAGCUUUGGUACUUGAGGUAGAAACUUUGUAAGUGCCUUAUUUCUAAAAGAAUGUGGAGUUAACUGGAGAGGAGAACAGACUGAUUCAGUCUCAGAAAGAGUGGAGCAGUUCUGAAGUGUAUCUGUCCUGUGCUGUUAUCUCCUGUCAGAGCUUCAGCAAAAGUGUAUGUUGCAACAUGGAUCAGAGUGUAGAACGUGAAUCAGAAAGCAGAAGCAGCAACAGUUUAAAUUGAACACCAACAACGGGAAAAGCACAGAGAUACCUUUCUGAAUAGGUCUGAAUUACCCUUCUCCUAAGCCAGUGAGCACUGCUGUGGGAGCUGCUCUUUUCCAAUGGGAAGCUUGAUUGCUGCCUUGCUGUAGAAGCUGUUGAUAGGAAUCGUAGCUUAAUUGCGAAGACCUACAAGUUGAUUACAGUUGGAAAGACAGCUUGGGCUUCAACUGCCUUACAGCUGUUGAAAUGUGCAAAUUCAUUUAACACAUUAUGUAACUCUACAUUUUAUUUUAAGAUCUUACUCUCUUGUUGUGUAGUAUCUACACUGAAAGUAAACCCAUCGGAUAAGGUAUGUUUGUAUAUAUGAUUUUUAUAGCUUCUGAAGGAUUGGUUUCAUUGGAAAUGUGUAAGUUCUUAUUUCUUAUAAUGAAGUUGUUAACACUGAGGGAUUUUAUAGGAUUUAUUUUACCAAAACUGAAAGAGUCGUGUUUACUGUAAGUCAGUAUUUUGAUCUUAUUUCUUAAUCGCAUUUAAAGUUAGAGCCGUACAGAAACUUCUCAGCACUGUAUUGUGUGUGUAUGUGUGUGUGUGUGUGUGUAUGUGUAUGUAUUAUGCUGGAAAAAAUAACAGUUCCAUAGGAUUUGUGCUAAGGGCUCUGUUCACUUUGUUGUUUGGUUUGUUUAGUAUGUGCUGCCAAGUCUGCUGUGCUGCACUUACAGGAAGAAAGCUUGUGUGAUCUCAAACAGCCACAGCUAGUGCAUUGGCCAGGGCCAUGGUGGGAGAGUGUAUGUAUACUGUAUGUGUGCAGGGACCCUACUCAGCAAGGAUAGGAUGUUUACAAACCAGUUCAUUUGGAUCUUUAACUACUUUGAUUUUUGACUUCCAAAAAAAGGUGCUCAUUUCUGGAAGGUGUGACAUAUGGAGCUGCAGUAUGGGGUAAUGGAUGCAGAUGCACAGAAUGCAGAUUCUUCGGUUCCUUUAAUCUUACUCAAUUUGAAUAUUUGUCUUCAGACUGUGAGACAAAAUGUACAAUAGAAAUGAACUUUGUCUUGAUCCACUCAUCUCUGCAGUUACAACCAUAUCCCUUCAGUGCAUAACCCAGACCCUAGAAGCCUCCUGCGUUGUAGGGGAAAUGAGGCAUCCUGACUUAGCCUUACUUGCAGGAUCACUGCAGCCUUUAUUGGUGAUGAAUAUAACCUCAGGCUUAACAGGGUUACGUUUUUCAGCAGUAUUGCAUGGUAAGAACGUAGCUGAUUCGGUUGUGAUGUAGCAUCCCUGGAAGAUCGUUGAUGAUUCCUUGGGUUGAAAGGGGCCUCAGGGAUCCUCAAGCUCCAUCCCCCCACCAUCUCUCCCUACCACAUGUACGCCUCCCACACUCCUGCAGCCUUCUCUGGAAUGGCAGAGAGAUGAUGGUGCUAAGAUCCUCGCCAGUGUCAUUAAGCACAGCGUUUUUUCAUUAGAAAAAUGGAUGUACUACAACUGGAUGCAGUUCAGAUUUUUCACCUAUGUAGGUGACAAUAUGAAAAACGUUUUUGGACUUGCUGAACAGCUGAAGCAGUGUGUGAAACUUUUGUAGCGGUUUAAAGUGCCUUCACAUGUAAGUAUGUAUUUUAUAAUAAAAAUAUAUUAACCUGA